GAUGUGAUAUGCACCGGCGAUGCAGAGUUGCAGUGCCGCUCCUUGCCUCACCUCGCGCCUCACACCUUGCCUCUCAUCAACAAGCAACGUCAGUCCUCCUCAUCUUGCAGCUUGAUGCUGAGGCAGCGAGCCCCCUUGGCCUGCUUACGAGUCCGGAGACGAUCUCGUUCUUGUUCGUACUUGAGGGUCGGGCGUUCUUGCCCACCAAGUUUCCCCCGAUAUCCCUCGACUUCUCCACUACGACACAUUUGGCCCAGUUUCGUGAUGCGCAACGAAUGGCAACUCCUGGGAGACUCCUUUCUUGCUUGUCACAAUACCAGGUGGUGCAGACGCUUGGUUGGGCCACGCCACUGCGUGCUCGCACGAAAAUGGACGGAAGCGGCAUCUUGGACUCUUCUACAUAGUAUUUGUACUGAAAUCAAAUUGCACCGAACCAACCCGUUGCCGUU